UGUCCUGUCUUCCACAAUAGAACGUAAUUUCCAGAAAAGCUGUUUAGAAUACGACAUUCUUGCUACGGCAGUACCACACACGAGCAUGCACUAGUCUCACAGUCAAAGGCUCUUCCAGCGCCAAAGCAUUUCAAAGACUGUCCUCCUGCCGCCAUUGCCGUGUACCAUGGGUACGUUCAGAAGUCAUCGCAGCCAUAAUUUUUCCUCAUCAUCCUCGCCACCACGGACAGGCUCCCUACGUGAUGGGCCUUCAGAGAUGGCUCGUUCCACUGCAAGUAGCAUUCGUGCGCCCAACGCUGUAGAAGAGACGAUCUCGCUUACCCAAAUACCAUCCGCCUCUGCCAAUCAACCACGCAUAAGUAUUGCAGGCAACAAACCGCUCAAUUGGCUGGCUAAAUUCAGAAGAGCCGUAACUUCAAUGGCGCGGCCGAAAAAACCGAUAGCUAAAGCGCCCACUGUGUGGGGGAGCAUUCGAGCGAUUGUUUUUGUUUCAUGGCUAAAUGUCUUAUUGGUCUUUAUCCCGAUAUCCGUAUGUUAUCUUUGUCUUAGCUUAGACCAUCUAACGCAUGGCAUCCGAAAGUGGGCUAUGAACUUUGCUCUACCCGAUCAGCACACUCUUAUAUUUGUCUUUGCAUUUCUGGCUAUCAUACCACUGGCCAAGCUUCUCGCAUUCGCGACUGAUGAACUGUCGCUACGAGUCGGUCAAACUCUAGCUGGUCUUCUCAACGCUACAUUAGGAAAUGCCGUCGAACUCAUCGUAUCAAUCAUCGCGCUCGCGAAGUGUCAGCUUACAAUCGUUCAGUCGUCCUUGGUGGGCUCUAUCCUGAGCGAUAUAUUACUGGUACUGGGCAUGUGUUUCUUUGCCGGUGGUCUCCGCUUCUCGGAACAGGGAUUUGGUCAAAGUGCUGUGCAACUUAAUUCAUCAUUACUCACCAUCAGCGUGAUUGCUGUUCUGUUACCUGGGGCCUUUCACAUGGCUCUGCAGGGCCAGCCGGAAUAUAGCGAACUGUUGACUGAUUACAACAUAUUGAAAACUAGCCAUGGCAUUGCAAUUAUUCUCCUUUUCAUCUACGCAUCUUAUCUGGUUUUCCAGUUAUUAUCGCACAAAACACUCUACGACGAUGACAAUGAAGAUGUGCAACCAACCAAGGGUUACACUGGCAAGAAUCUGUUCCAAUUGUACAGGACAGGUAGGAAUAUUGAGGACGGUGAAACAAUGUCUUCCCCGAGUUCGGCACAGGAUGGAGAGGCAACCACAACGUUGCCCCACCCCGCAGAUGCCAACCCUGACGUGGAAUCUGGGACUCAUUCCACAGCAUUGGUAGAGACUGAGGCUCCUGAACAACCACUAAUGAGCCUCACUGUGUGCCUUUUGCUUUUGGUUGUCGUAGCUGUGUUGGUCGCUGUUACUGCAGAGUUCCUCGUUGACUCAAUUGAUGGCUUGGCUUCAUCUGGGUCGAUCAACAAGGAGUUUGUUGGUAUUAUUUUGCUCCCGAUCGUCAGUAAUGCACCGGAGCAUGCCACCGCAGUUACGGUAUCCGUCAAGGAUAAACUAACUUUAAGCUUGAGCGUUACUGUGGGUGCGAGUAUUCAAAUUGCGCUCUUUGUGAUUCCAUUCGUCGUGACACUUGGCUGGAUUAUGAAUAAGCCCUUGACACUUCUCUUUGACCCGCUGGAGUCCAUCGUAUUGUUCCUUUCCGUCCUCACUGUCAAUUACAUCGUGCAGAACGGCAAGUCAAAUUGGUUAGAAGGGAUGAUCCUCAUAUGCUUGUACAUGAUUUUGAUUGUAACGUUUUGGUAUUAUCCUGGUACUCAAGGGAUCUUCCCAAGUUAUUAGGCCAAACUCGGAGUAUCUUUGAUGAAUGGAGGACUACCAUGAGUUCAGUAUGACUAGGCUUUCGACCUGAGCCACUUCCUUAUCAGAUCAUAUUCGGUACCACAUACCUUCAACACACUAGUCACCUGUCCCUUCUGUCUAGUGCCAACUGUCACUAUUGCCAUGCUCCUUUC